UUGCAUGUGGUCUUUUUCCUAUUUGUGUAAGUUAAAAAUAGACUAAAUUAAAAGAAGUUGCUUGUUAUGCUGCUUGUUAAAUGGUUAGUUUGUCUUUGACUGAAAGAAAGAAUUCAAGCUUUAUAAUGUCUUUCUGUUGGUACAGUCAAAAAAAAAAAAAAAAAUCAAAUCUGAGUUGAGUCACAGAGAUGGCCUGUACUAAGUCUUCUCUGACAGCUUCCAAAUGGCAAGCAGGCAGGUGGAGGCGUACACACUGAGCAGGCGAGUGGAAACGGAGAGAAAGGGAUAAGGAGGAAAGCAAACAGGAUGAGAAACAGAGUCUAUGCAAGAACUGAUCCAGUUACGUAAACAGGUUUGAGAAUGCAAAGCGGUUCGAGUUGACUUGUCAUGCACAACAAAAAGGGAGAAAUCCCUGAAAAUGACGGGACACGAAGCGGAACGCAGUGCCAAUUAACCAAGGAGGCACAGGGAUCCCAGUGGGAAUCAUGGCAUCAAAAGAGAAGCUCCAAUGCCUAAAGGACUUCCAUAAGGACACCCUCAAACCUUCACCUGGGAAGAGUCCAGGCACCCGACCUGAGGAUGAGGCUGAAGGAAAGGUUCCUCAGAGGGAGAAGUGGGCCAGUAAGCUCGACUUUGUCCUGUCCGUGGCCGGAGGCUUUGUUGGAUUAGGAAACGUGUGGCGAUUUCCUUAUCUUUGUUAUAAAAAUGGUGGAGGUGCAUUCCUCAUCCCCUACUUCAUCUUCCUUUUCGGAGGUGGGCUGCCUGUGUUUUUCUUGGAGGUGGCACUCGGUCAGUACACCUCUGAGGGGGGGAUAACCUGCUGGGCCAAGCUCUGCCCCAUCUUUACUGGUAUCGGCUACGCUUCUAUCGUGAUCGUCUCUCUUCUGAACAUCUACUACAUCGUGAUCUUGGCCUGGGGACUCUACUACCUCUUUCAGUGCUUUCAACCCGAGCUUCCUUGGGCGAAAUGCAAGCAGCCGUGGAACACAGAACACUGUGUGGAGGACACGAUACGCAAGAACAAGACCCUCUGGCUGGCGGCCAAUAUUACUAACUUUACUUCCCCAGUCACCGAGUUCUGGGAACGCAACGUCCUCAGUCUCUCCACCGGCAUUGAGGACAUUGGGCCCCUAAAGUGGGACUUAGCCCUGUGUCUCCUGGCAGUGUGGGUUAUCUGCUUCUUCUGUAUCUGGAAAGGGGUCAAGUCCACUGGGAAAGUGGUGUACGUCACAGCAACUUUCCCGUUUCUGAUGCUAAUCAUUCUGCUUGUGCGUGGAGUGACCCUACCUGGAGCAGCUGAGGGCAUAAAGUUUUAUCUUUACCCAGACCUGACCCGUCUCCAGGAUCCAGAGGUGUGGAUUGAUGCGGGAACCCAGAUCUUUUUCUCCUACGCGAUAUGCCUGGGUGCCAUGACGUCCCUGGGAAGCUACAACAAGUACAGAUACAACUGCUACAGGGACUGUUUGCUGCUGGGAGGCCUCAACAGCGGUACCAGUUUUGUGUCUGGCUUCGCAAUAUUUUCCGUCCUGGGCUUCAUGGCACAAGAGCAAGGGGUGGACAUUGCCGAUGUGGCAGAGUCAGGUCCUGGCUUGGCCUUCAUUGCCUACCCUAAGGCUGUGUCCAUGAUGCCACUGCCAACCCUGUGGGCCAUCCUGUUCUUCAUCAUGCUGCUGCUGCUGGGCCUCGACAGCCAGUUUGUUGAAGUGGAAGGACAGAUCACAUCCAUCGUGGAUCUCUAUCCAUCUGUUCUUAGAAAAGGUUACCGCAGAGAGAUCUUCAUCGCAGGGAUGUGUCUCAUGAGCUAUCUCCUUGGACUCGCAAUGGUAACGAAAGUAAGUGUCAUCCCAAAGACUGUGACCCGAGUUUCAGACUUGGAGUUGAACGGCGUUUUGAUCCUAAAAUCCAAAACUUCAGACUUGACUUUCUUGUGGUGAACAGUCUCAAAACUCAGAUUCAUGCUGUCAAGACUCAAGUCUUACUUGGACUCGUAGUGAAUCUUGUUCACAAAUGAUUUACUCUUGUAAUCAGGAGUAGAGGAAAGUUGCUGUAUUUUUCAGUGACAUAAGCAGACUGAGGACUGUUAUUGGUUUUCUGAAAAAAUCUGUUCAAGUUUGCUGUAGUAUGAUGAUAUUGACCACACAGAACACUGAACAAGGUAUAAAAUG